UAUAACACGGGCUAAUUUCCGUUUCUCAAAGUUCAGAGAUAGAUUUGGAGGCAUUUUGAUCUUGAAAUUACCCAAAAAUACAAUAGGAAGAAUACUAGUUAAGAGAAAUGUUCAAACAUUGAAUUGACUAUGAUGGUUAUCUGUUUGGUAAGCUGCACUGAUGGAGUUUGCAGAAGGACCAUUAGCUGUGAGGACAGGAUCUUUAAUGUAAGGAAGGUGAGAAGUAGUGCUAAUGAAGAAUGAAUACAAGAUAUGUGAAAAUAUUCAGAAAUUCUCUGUUUUUUAACUGUACCAAAUCUCGUCUUAAUCUUGGUUUAGAAUCUUUCACAAAGAUCUACUUCGUUUCUGUCUGGCAGAGCGUGAUCUAAGAAGUCCAGGGAUUCUUUCCUAGUCCAAGUUCUAAGACCUUUACUGAUAUAACAGAUUCAUCAACUUUUCUUUCUUUUCUCCUUUCUAGUAGCAGACUGUAUCUCAAAAUUCUUAACCUGCAUGGAUGUGACCCAAUAAAAGCAAUCUAACUUUAUGAAUUUAGAGAAGCCUUUUUUAUCAAUGCCAUGUGACUAAGUACAUGCACUUCACAAAAGGUCAACUAAGUCUUCUAUGCAAUGGAAAAUGUGGUUGCACAGUUAAUGCUCUGCACCUGGAAUUAGUGGCAGAUUUGAUGGUAGGCUGUUUCUUGUCACAAACAAUGCUAAAAGUGGUGCAAGUUGAGAGACUUAUUUAAGAUAGCAGCAUCAUAUUCAUUGCAUCUCCAAGUUCAUUUCAAGAAUCAGGUAUUUUUAGAUUUAAUCAUGUGAAAUUCAUCAUUUUUAAACUCAUGUUGGCUUACAAAAAUAAAGUAUUUAUAUAGUUGAAUGUUACAUAUUUUUUCAUUCCUUAUUGGCCACUGCACCUAAGUUUGCCAUAUCAGAAAAAAGACUUCUUGUUAUUGUAAGAGAUAUUUCUUUUUCAGUACUAUUUUUUGUGUGUUUUAUAACCACUGAUAAAUAAGCAGAUAUUUUUUCUUUUUAAUACAAUGUGCAUUACUGACAGAAGAUAGCCAAUGCGAAACUUUCAAGAAUGUCUCCAAAACAUUUCUUUAGAAGACGGUUUUAAAUCAUUGAGCAUUUUGAGUCUUAUAAAUGACCAUAUGAUACGUGUGUAAUUGAGGGAAGAAUCAUCAGUGGAAUUUUUCACCAGACCACUUAGAGAUCUUCUUAAGUAGAUGCUCUGUGUGUCCUUUACAAUGGGGUAGAUCUAGAAUACAUAAACUUGCGAUAUGACAAUACAGCAUUGUGAAUGUCUGAUGAUACAUUUUUCCCCAAAGAAAUUUACUUUUUCUACAUUUUAAAAGUGUUUAAUCUUCCCAAGUCCACUUCUGGCAUCUUCAUAUGACUCCUAGGAUCUGCUCAAUGUUUCUCUGAUUUCACUCUACAUCUCCUUUGUUCUCAUACAAUUAUAUUUUUAUCACGGGGUAUUCAAUGCACUGUGGAUCAUUAUAUAAAAUAAUAAUAUUGAUAUGUACUAUUUUCGUCUUGUUUUCCAGAUGAGGAAACUAAAGUACUGAAGGACAAAGCUAACUCUCCAUAAUCAAAUUGCCACUAAGUUGUCAAAUGAGACUCCAAAUAGGAUCAGAACACUCAAGAGUGCACAUUGACCCUGAUGCCUUCACUAGUUUACGUUGAGCUCUCUUGACGUCUUCUUACCCCGUCUUCUCAAGUUCUGCUGCUCAAUUUUCUUUUCUUUUCCUUUAUUUAUUCAUUUUUUAAAAAAAAAUCAAAGGCCAUGUUACUGGUUGAGGGAAAUCAGAGCUCUGUGACCUUGUUCAUCCUCCUGGGCUUCUCAGAAUAUCCAAACCUCCAGGUACCCCUCUUUUUAGUUUUCUUGACUAUCUACACAGUCACUCUGGUGGGGAACCUGGGCAUAAUUGUGGCCAUAAGGAUCAAUCCCAAACUCCACAGACCCAUGUACUUUUUUCUCAGUCAUCUGUCCUUUUUGGAUAUUUGUUAUUCCAGUGUAUUUACACCCAAACUGCUAGAAAUUUUGGUUGUAGAAGACAGAACUAUCUCCUUCAAAGGAUGCAUGGUACAAUACUUCUUUGGCUGCACAUUUGUGAUUACAGAAAUGUUCAUGUUAGCAGUGAUGGCCUACGACCGGUUUGUGGCUGUUUGUAACCCCCUUCUCUACACAGUUACUAUGUCUCAUAAACUCUGUAAAUUCCUGGUAGCUGGAACCUACACAUAUGGUGGAACAUGUUCCCUGACAAUCACAUAUUCUCUUUUGGAACUCUCCUUCUGUGGUUCUAACAUAAUCAGUCACUUUGGAUUUGUCGCAAUCAUCCAGAUGCCUUCUACUGGUGGACUCCGAAAAGCCUUCUCCACCUGUGCUUCCCACCUGACUGCCAUCACCAUUUUCCAUGGGAUCAUCCUUCUUCUCUACUGUGUGCCCAACUCCAAAAACUCCUGGCUCCUGGUCAAAUCUCUUAGAAAAGCUGUUGUGUGAACAAGAACAGACGAGCAUAUUGGAUAAUGAGAACCACAGCCUCCAGACUUGAGUGUGCAGCUUCUUAGAUCAUCUCAUCUGCCAAGCUUAUAUCAUAAACAUAGCGGACCAAGUCAGGAUCAGCCAUGUCAGGACCAGAUCAAAAGUACUAACUUAAUGACUCAUGCAAUAGUGCCC